CUGGCAGUGGCAGCGCAGAAGGCGCUGCUGGCUUGGACGAAAAGGCCGCAUUGCAAAAGCGUCGUGGGAAAGAAGCACUUUUUCUUUCUCUACGUGACCUAUUCAUUCGGAAAAAUACUCUUUGUCAGAGUUGUGGUUGGCAACUGCAGCGCUUGGGCGUGCUAGCAGCGGCAGCUCUUUUCACUUUGAAACUUUGACAGUGGACUUACCUUCAAGAAUUGCAUGAGGAGGGUGUGCUAUGGACGACUUUGAUCUUGGGGGCCCGUCAGAACAGGAUGAUGAAGCUGAUGUCGCAAGCACAAGUGACGGAGAGCUCCUGAAACGUGCUUGGAGAGAUGAGAAGGCGGCGCCGGAGAUCCUGCCCUACCAGGAAGAGUUGCUGGAGCGGGUGAAAGAGCAAGUGGAGUUUCAGGAAGAGUUGAUACAGGACUCUCAAAGUGACCCAAACCUUGAGACUAUCGUCACCCUAUACAAGCUAGAUGUGGACCGAAUAAAGUUCCUGAUGCGAUCAUAUUUACGGACACGAUUAGAAAAGAUUGAGAAACACGCCAUUCACAUAGCAGGAGGAGACUCAGUGAAGCGGCUAUCCCCAAAAGAACUCAAUUAUCUUGAAAAAUUUUGCGACAUGUUGGAUCAGUACAUGGAUCGAGCGGUCUUGUCGGAGCUGCCGGCGACGUACAACAAGCUUCUACACCAAUAUGAAUCAGAAGGAAAGGAACCAGACAUGGUACCAAGGCCGGAUUUGGACACCUUUGUCUUCGCUCGAGCUAAAGAGCACCUAGGCCUCAUAGAGCUAGACGAACGCGGGGAUGAAAAUCCUGUAACGAUAACAGAGGGAGAAUUGUUCAUUAUUAGAUAUAGAUUGAUUAGAGGAUUCCUGGAAAACGGUCAAGUUGAGCUUGUAUAGUGAUUGAUCUGCUCGACAUCGCUCUUGUCGGCCGGCCUGCUCUCAAGGUGGGUGUCGUGCGUGCGAAACAUGAUUUUCAUUUCAUUCGUUUGAUAGUGACAAGAGCAACGACGGAUUCAGAGAUCAACUUGUGCAAUUGCAAGGCCGUAACGGAUGCGC